UUUAUGUAACGGUAAAAGUUGAAAAUUAUCCUUCCUUAAAAGUGGCAAAAAUUUUCAAUUUUUCUGCAAAGGUUUAGGAACUCGAGAACGAGCGUUUUCGAAUUCUCUCAAAUUUUCACGGUCACGAAUGUCUCCGAGUACAACUCGAUAAAAACACGCCAUAUUUCGAUUAGCAAACUGUAAAUUAUCUGCGUUUCAGAGUGAAACCGCCGUUUUCAAAUUCCGCAGGCUUGGUGCGGACGGCGUCUUAAUCCUCAAAAUUCCGAGUAAAACAGAUCGGAAAGUCACAAAGCUCGAGUCUUCCUGGCACUCUUCUUGGAUAGCCUGCUAGAAGAUUAAGAUUACACGGUCUUUUAUAUUUCAGGCAAAUCCAUUAUGAUCCAUUGGCUAGUUACAGUAAUUUCCCUUUGGGUGAUGCUUCAGUCGAAUUUAGUUUCAGCCAAAAACUUCACUGACUUGGCAUAUUAUGAAGAUUAUGAAGCCAACUUUGUCAAGUGUCCAAAUGUAAUCAAGGUGGAGUGGAAUUUGCUACUAAGUAGAGAACCUCAUGUCAUUAAAUACAGCAACGGAACAGAAAUUUCCUACGACGGCUUGUUUCCACAAUUUUUACACAUUAUGUUGGAAGCCUGCUGUGCCGACGCCUUUGAGGUGAAAUAUGUUGAAAGCGAUUCAGAUAUCAUUCUUCCCGUGAUCCUCAACUACAAGGAAACUGGAUUACAAUCUCAGAGCAAAGUGGUUCCCAUUCUUCCCUACACCGGAGUGGCGUUCGUUGUCAAGAGAGCAGACAAGAAAAACCUACCCAUCAAAACUCUGUCUUCCGUUUUUAGCUCCUGGCCAGUGUUGGUAAUAACGUUACUGCUGUCUGUAUUGGCGGGAAUCGUCGCUUGGAUAUUGGACACCAGGAAGAACAAAGAGGAAUUUCCAGUGAGCUUCAUACAAGGAUCGUGGGAAGGUUUCUGGUGGGCUUUUAUAUCCAUGACAACAGUUGGUUACGGUGAUCGCUGCCCAAAGUCAAUUUCCGGGAGAUUGUUUGCCAUUUUCUGGAUCCUAACUGGUAUUUGUAUGUGUUCCAUCUUCACUGCAAUGCUGACAACAGCUCUAACUACGAUCAGCCUUGACACCGAGAUUACCCUGCCUCGAGCAAAGGUGGCUGCUCUUUUUGGCUCCAUUGAAGCCACAACAGGCUUUCAACGACAAGCAGAAGUCAUUAGAGUCCACACCAUUGAAGAAAUCAAAGAGAAAAUAACAGAUGGGGAAGCCGUAGGCGCUUUGAUGGACAGUUUCACCAUAACUCAUUACCAGCACCUUUUUCCAGUGGACGAGUUCAAAGUACAAGAAGUCAUUUCCCAAGAGUACCUGGAGUAUGGAGCGCAGGUUGAAAACUCUUCAAUGGUCAGCUGUUUGAAGAACUUUCGGUUUUCCGAGGAGUCCGAACUGUAUGAACAAGCUGAACUGUACAUGGCGAAUCAUUACAACAAGAGUGGCAUGGGCGAGUCACUGGAGGGAACUGAAAACUCAUUUGAAGUUGAUCCUGAGGGUUUGCUGUUUUACCCGACCCUUUUUACCUCUCUGGGGAUUCUCGCAUUCUUUCUUCUGUCUGGUGCAACCUGGGAAAUCUGUCGUAGGUCGCGCAUGUGCAGAAUGAAGCUACCAGAUACUAAAAGGUUAGACAUGCUGUUGUCCACUCCCAACACUCCACCCGAACAUCGUGGAACAAUGGAAACGAAAGCUUUUCUACAGGAAUUAGAAGAGAAGUUUGUGCAGGAUGUCCGACAAGUGCUCAAAUCUCUUGAAAACGAUCUCAUCAAUCGCACGUUGUUUCCUGACAACAACUGCAAUGAGAAGUUGACAUCAGUUUAAAGUGAAACUCUGACUUUUAGAGUCAGCUGUAGUAGUGUUAACUCAUAGGAAACUGUCCAGUUAGUUGGUUUACGUUCAUCCGUCUUAGGAUGGUUUACAAAAUAUUUCUUAGUAGAUAUGUACAGUAGCAUGGUGCUCGUGAACUCACCCAGAUAUUCAAUAGAUAUCUAGUAUAUUUCAUCGAUACUCGUUUCAAAACAAAAAUCGAUCAGGUUUCCACUUGGUGAUUGGAAUAAAUAUCCGCAGUCUAUAGGCAAGCCCAAACGUCAGCGGACAAAUGGUCAGCUUGCCUAUCCGAACAAAAAAGCUUUUAGACAGCAAGCAUGAGAGGCCCAACAAAUGUUUUGAAAAACAUACUGCACCGCUGCAGCCAUCAUGAUAUUACCAAUGAGGACGCGUUCAAAAUUAUAUUCUUAACACUUGUAAUGAAAUGUGAGGUUAUAACACCAGAAAAUUGCACUCCAUAUACAACUGACGGGGCAGUAGUAUGUGUAAUAUGAUGUAGCAUGCCAAUAAAUAUCCAAUACAAGCAGAAAAGUCCUUCUUGCUCAGUUUUCAGCGAAGCUAUGGUGAAGAGAACGGCCUACACAGUCACCCACUUAUUUUGUGUUGGUCGUGUGAUACCUUCCCAUUAAGCCAAGCUGUUAAUUCGUUCAAUCUUGGCUUGGAUCCUUGAUUGAUGUUUUUAUUUGUAACUUGAUAUCAACUCAGCAUGGAUGAGAGCGUUUUGUAAUAGAAUACUAUACAUCUUGGCUCAAUUAAGCUUGAGUUUUUCCCGAAAAUGUACCAACCUUUUGAAAAGUUGACUGUUUGCUGAAAACUUUUUCAAAUUGUGAAACAUUGCCCGGCGCUGUUGAAAUAGGCCUAACCUCAGGUAUCACUCAAUUGCGCCAGUGACAAUAUAACUAGGGGUGGCAAUGCUGGGCAUCAGAAUUUAAUUUGACAAAAUAGCAAAUUCUCCGGGUUGGUGUAAUUAACGUUUUUUUCCGCUGCGGCCUCCAAAUGGGAUUCUAAUCACGAACAGUACCUUAAAAACGUUCCUCGUUUGUCAACUUUGAGACAUUUAUGAAUAUGUCAAAAGAAUGAUCUAUUUCAAGGUAGUUAUCUCGAUCUUGAGAACGUGUACCUUUGUUAUAACAUGACAAAACCAACAAGCGAAGGGCGGACAAUAGGUAAUACUUUUCAACAGAACCUUUUAAAAUAGUUUGGGCUUUCCUGCGGUUUUCUUAAAUAAUAUUAUUGUUGGUUUAAGCCGGGUUGCAAAGCUGCACGUAAUACGAAUCUGAAAUUAUUUGCCAGUGAAGCGGACUAGGUUAGGUCAGAUUGAUGCAUGCUGUGUAGUUUUAAUCAGUUCUUUGAGCAAACACCUUUGUUUUCUUGAAUAGCCGUUUGUUGCAGGUAUAACAUGUAGAAACUGAUGAUAUUCCAGCAAUGAUCAAUA